AUGAACGAUAAGCGUCGACCAUUUUGUGCUAAAUUAGAACACGAUAAAGAAUCUGAGAGUAAGAGCAAUACUAAACCAGUCAUGUUUCAACCUGCUUAUUCUUUGCAGAAACCAGUUGAGCUACAGCAUGGAACCAAUAUAACCCUACCAAUUCCGUUACCUCAGCCGCAUUUGGUUGCUGGCCAUCAGUACGACUUUAAUCACAGUUAUAAGUAUUCUCCUGCAGUCAAACCUCCCUCAGUGCCUCCUUUUCCUGAAAAUGUCAGUACCUCAUCUAGUACUACUCAAUUGCCUAGUUUGCUGGAUAUUUUGCAUCCAAGCCGUGGUGCUCUUCCUGAAACUGAUCUUACUGGUCAGCAGUCUGUAUUUCAGCCCCCGUCCGCUUUGACGGCUACUUAUAGUUAUCCUUCAUACAACCCUGGUGUACCUGUGGCCCAGCCACUGGUUCCUGUUUUGUCGUACGAAUCUGCACAAUCCUAUCAGAAAAUUCAGAAUAAUAUUGUUGAAAGGAUCCCCGAAUCUCAAACGAAUUCAGGUUCGAUGAUCGCAGAAUCUGCCGCCAUUCAGCAGCCACCUCCUCCAACUGCAAGAUACACAUACUCUAACGCAGUACCAGCAUUGCAAGUCGGUCCAAGGUAUUAUCCUUAUACGGGGCAGAUGAGAAUACCAUCAUCGUCUCCUACUCUUCAUCAGAAUUCGGUACCUACUUAUAUUUCAGUGCCGUAUCAAAUAGGUCCUACGGGGACGCAUCCACUUAUUGUCAAUACACCUCCUGUUGUUCCUUCUCCUGUCUCGGUCCAGACGGGUGUACCACUUGCUAGCUAUUCUACUUCUGCUACUAGUUCGAUUUCCUCCGUAAUCACAGCAAAUGGCAGUCCAAAAAGUGAUGGCUACAGAAACGGAAGGAUUACUCUUAGAGGAGGCAGGUAUUUUUCAAAGAAAAAUCGUAGCUGUACGAUUUGCAAGAAAGUGUUCAACAGACCAUCUGGUUUAAGGAUACAUAUGCAUACGCAUACUGGAGAAAAGCCAUUUCAAUGUGAGUGGGCCAAUUGUGGAAAGAGAUUCUCCGUGAGAUCGAACAUGAUCAGGCAUCUCAAGAUUCAUAAAAGAGAGGGAAAGAGGAAGGUGAAAGAAACACACAACAACUUACACAUGCAGGACGAAUCAGAAGCUGCACGGAAGCAGCAGAAAUCCACAGAAAAGUCAGAGAGGGGCAAGAAAGUGUUGUGA